AUGAUGUAUGAUGCUACAAAUUAAUCCACUAUCAUUUGGCAUUGCCCUUUAAGGCAUGGUAAGUAUUGUAUUGAUUACACUAAAAAUACCUCUACUUAAGUAUAUCUGUCUUGUCAGUGUAUGCAAGGAUACUAAAUCAACGAGACUUGGUAUAUAUUUAGCUAAAAUAAAUUUGUCGAGAUACCAACUUAAGAAAAUAUCCAUCUACCAGAGGAGGCCUAUCUAGUCAUCUAUCAAAUACACACGCUCAAAAAGAGAUUUCGAUACCAUAAUAAAUGGUCAUGUUCAUUUUGAGUAAAGGUGAAAAAGAAGGUUAUGGGGGUUUUUCAAAGUUAAGUCUUCAUUCAACAAAGAUGAAAUCCUCUUUUUGCCUUAAUGAUUAAAGGAGAUUAGGCAGAUUGGUCAUUCAGCUCAAUUUAGUAUUUGUUUUUGUUGUGAAGUAAGCAAGAUGGUUUCACAGCUUUAAAGCCAGCUUUUGUUUCUAACCACCUACAAUAAGAGAAAGAAAGCAAUCAUACCACAGAGAAAGAAGAGCAAAGAAACGAGAGAGACACAAGGUAAGGAAGUAGCAGCAGCGGCAGUAUUACAAGAAAUAAGAGAAACAAAGAGGGUAAAAAAUGACGACACAAAAACCAAUAUUGGAGCAACAGCAAUCACAAAUGCAGAUCAGAAUGAUCAAGAACUCAGGUAUUAUCAGUAAUAUCAGUGAAAGCCCACUGUCAAGGGAUGAUAAGGAUGAUGAGAUGUCAAGAUCAGCAGUGGCUAUGUUUAGGGCGAAAGAAGAAGAGAUUGAGAAGAAGAAGAUGGAAGUCAGAGACAAGGUUCAUGCUCACCUAGGACGUGCGGAAGAAGCAACUAAACGAUUAGCAGAAAUUCGUGAAGAGCUUGAAGCCCUGACAGAUCCAAUGAGGAAGGAAGUUUCGAUGGUACGGAAGAGGAUUGACACAGUCAUCAGGGAGCUGAAGCCUCUAGGACUGAGUUGCCAGAAGAAGGAAAGAGAAUACAAAGAAGCCCUGGAAGCCUUUAAUGAAAAGAAUAAAGAAAAAGCUCAGCUGGUUUCCAAAUUAGUGGAGCUGGCGAGUGAAAGUGAGAAACUGAGGAUGAAGAAACUGGAGGAACUGAGCAAAAACGUUGAAACUUUAAGCUGAAGUUUUGCAAAUAGCGAUAGCCAGCCAUUGUUGUGCUAAUUUGUUGAAACUAGAUCAUGUCCUUGGAAUUUGGUGUACAUGUCGUUAUUUCUAUGAUUUUUAUUUUCGAAUUUCAGUGGUUUUUUCAUGAACAUUUUCUCUCAUAGUUAUAAGACGUUAUUAAUGAAGGCUCGA